AUGGCACCCGCUGCCAAGCGGCCUGCUGCCAAUGUCGCGGCACCUGAAGCCAAGAAGCCUUGCGUGCUAGAGCAGGGCUGUGAGGGCGCGGAGGUGAAUACAGCCACCCUGCAAGACACGCUCGGUUGCCUGAGGUCGGGGCUGAAAGCGGAGGGGACCUACGCUGCUCAAGUCGCGGUCCUGCAAAAGGCCGCUGGCGAUCUCAUGAACCACUGGGAUCUCUUGAUUGCUGAGAAGCGCUUCCGUAUCGCGGAGCUCGAAGCAUAUGUCCACUCACCCCAUCACGCUGAUCCCUAUGCGCAUGGCGACGAAGGGCAGGCGAGCUGCGGUGUGUGGUACUUUCACAAGAAGGGCGGAAGCUACAAAAGUGGCAGCUUCAAGGGCAUGGACCUGGCUUGUGGCGACAAAGAUGGCAAUGUCUAUGCUGGCCUCCUGCUGCGUUCCGUGGCGGAUGCAGCCGGCAAGCUCACCGAGGGCCCCUGCCUAGUCGUUGACAAAAUCCUGGAACUGAAUGGCAAGGCAUCCAUAGCAGCCUUUGCAGAUGGUCGCAGUGCUGCAGAACUGUCUGCAUUGGACACACCGGGGCUGAAACUGGAAAGAGCAGAAGCUCCGCGCACAGAUCCAGUGAGAUCCUCUGCACGUGUCGGCUUGGUCCUGCGAGAGGAAGCAACAGAAGACGCGAAAGGCCCCAAAACUCACAUGCAAGGCCGCCCAGUGGAGUUCUGCGCCAGACCCUAUCGAUUCUCUACGGCGGCUGAGCGCCUGACAAAGUUCAGAAGCGGCUUCGUGGCGACGGCCCAUCUGGCAGGCGGUGCAGGAGCCGACAAGCUGGGUCUAUCUGACCAGAACUUCUCCAAGUACCUGAAAGCCGCGGAUGACGGCAAGUCCCAGGAUCCUUCGAGCUGGGUGAACCGGAAGAUCUCCACUCAGCCGGAGCUCUGCGAGUUCGUCGGGGCCUGCCAUGGUGUGCUGGACCUGCUGCCGUCGGGCAUGUACGUCCUCCCCUGCUUUGACUCGGUGCUGACCUGGCAGGGCGCUCUCUUCAUUAAGCAGGGCCUCUACAAGGGGGCAGUCUUCAAGUUCCGCCUGGUCCUUCCGGAGGAGUAUCCCGACCAGGGCCCAGAUCUCUUCUUCACCUCGGACGUCUUCCAUCCGAUGGUCGACCCCAAGACCGGGCAGGUGGAGCUCGGAUCGUUGUUCCCGGAGUGGCGCCCCGGACGAGACUUCGCUGCUUUCGCACUGCCUCAUCUUCACAGGGCCUUCCUGCGCAGGGAGUACUUUUCCAGCAAUGCGCGGCCGGCACUGAAUCAGGAGGCCAAGCAGCUUUUCAUCUCCGACCCUGCCCAGUUCGCUGAGCGCGCCAAAGCUUGUGCAAACAAGAGCCUGCUGCACGUCUACGACAACGCCUCCGGGUCUUCCUUGCAGUUUACCAAGGGCCCCGCUGAGGCUCACGAUGCUAUCCUGGAACACCUCAAAGCUGACCCAUCUGCUUCGAUCGAGGAGCGGAAGACGGCUUUCGUCGAUUGGUUCUGUGACCAUUACGCUCACAAGCGCACCAGGGUUGGUGUGGCGCAAGGAGACGCAGAGGCCGAGACAAUCUUGCUGGAUGCGAAAGGCGGCCGCGUGGAAGGCGCUGGCUACCCCAAAGCCGGGACAAGUGCAUCUUCAUCAGCCAAGUUGGCUCCGAACGAUCGCGAUCAAGAGGAGUUUUUCUAG